AUGAAGAAUUUGCAAAGUCUCGUCAACAAGGAGAACAUUGAGAAACUUGGCAAUGAGCUUCGUAAUUUGACGCAAACUAUCAUGGAAACGGUCGCUCCUCCUAUUUCCGAGCAUGAAGUUGUCGAAGUCUGGUUAUCACAUGAUAUGGUGGGUUAUAGUGGAUUGGAAGCCCUUGUCUAUCGGUCCUUUGCACGCAUCAUGGAAUACACAGAAACAGGUCAGGUCAUCGUUCGUGGUACCAGCGAAAAGAGCACGGCCAACGAAGCGCCCAAUGUGCAAGAAUUGAAUAUGUGUGAAGGCCUUGUAGAAGGUACCAAAUUAACCAAGGCCAACAUUGAUCAUCUGGUGAAGACGUAUUAUACCCCACCCAAGUCCGGGACCACGUUCACACCACAGUCGGGAGCUGUUCCUGUCAUUAAUUGCCCUGUUUUUAUGGCCAUUCAACCUGUAAAGUAUGCCAUGCCUUCCUGGGGAAAUGAUUCUGGAGAGGACGACGAAGAGACGCAUCAACUGGUCUACUUGAUCUUAUUAUACGACCCUACCCAUCAGUUGAAAUUCAAGACCCUGUCACAAACCAUGCCUCUUUCAUGGCUCGAUGUUCCUUAUGAGGAGAAUGAAUGGAUUGAGGAUAAAAUGGUGGAAACAUUGCAGAUGGCGGUCAGAACCAUUGCUCAAGAUUAUGUAUGGACGCGCAUGACCGGAGGACAUCAAGCCAUGCAAGCCACAGCCAACGAGGUUAACAAAUCCAGUGAAACCCAGGAAGCAUCCUUGAAAACUGAAAAAGAACCUUGA